AUGGAUAAGGAAGAUGUGGAGCACGGCUCGCAAGCCACGACGAACCCGGCCGACGACCUCCCCGCCGUUGCGGUAGCCGAGCAGCUCCUCAACCGGACCAAUACGCUCCUCUCCGAGUUGGAGUCCUUCAGCACGCUCCUUGAAACCCACCGGCGGCCUCAGAUUCUCGGCCAUAGGCCGUUCAUCCAAGAUAUCAACGCCGAGAAGCGUUUCAUUGAACGGCUGCUCACAAAAGCCAUUGCCGAAACCACGCAUCAGGAAGAGGACGGCAAAGACGGAGACCCCCUCGAUGCCCUCGAAGCGGACCGAAAAAUUAAGCACCAACUCAGCUCCACCAAUAUUACCUCCUACGAGGCCCAGUGGGCCGUGGUAAAGUCGUGCCGUGGCAUCGUUGCCCUGCGUCAGACCUUCUCACGGCAACACCCUUCGCGGCGACCCCAGAAGGGCGGCAACCGCGCGUUAUCCCCUUCAUCCAAGAUCAAAGCGCAUGUAAAGAAGACGCAGGAUGGCGUAUUGGUGGACGCAGUCAUCGAGGACGGCCGCGAGUGGCUGAAAGUGUCGGCCAUCAGCGAGCGGCAGCUGCUGUUCCAGAUGGCGCGGCAGGGUUGGCAAAACGACUCUGACAGUGACGACGAAGAGCUGGGAAAACCCAUUGGAGGCGGUGCUAGAGACGACGACUCCGACAGCGAUGAUGAGGACGAAGUUGUCAUCGUCCGGUUAGCCAAACACCUCAUCCAAGCAGCCCGUGCAAAUCGCCACAACUACCGCCACCCGCGCGUACGUCUCGUCCUACCCAAAAUCGAAGAAGGCCGCGUCAAGGAGAUCGAUGCCAUUCUCGCCCGCAUACGUGCCAUGUCGACUCCUGCCACGCCGCUCACCGUCGAAACCGGCAUGUCCUCGUUACACACAACCAACACUGCACCAGACCUCACUCCGCUCCUCACAUCCCCCUUUUCCACAUUCACUCCCACCCUCAAUAUCGACUGCACCCUGCUCGUCGCCCUCGCCUCCGACAUCUCGCAUUCGCACUGCACCAUCCAGCCCUGGUACCCGAGCGCCGUGCAAGGCCAGAUUCGCGACGAGGAUCGGGAGGCUCUGAUGCCCAACACGCUUUACCCAGCGCUGAGCGGUGCGCGCAAGCUCGUCUGCACGCGUGAGGCUGCUCGGCGGAUGCGCGAGAUCGUAGCGACCAUCGGGACUGAGAGCGAGGUGGCGAGGGCGGCAUUGCUUCUCUCUUCCUACGACGAAGAUGACGAUGAAGAAGGAAAACAAGGAGAGGAGAAGGCCGACGGCGUUGACGGCGCCACACAACAACAACAACAACCGCCGCAGAAAAAAUAUUCCACCCGCGAGGAGCUGCUCGACGCCUUCCAAGCCUUGUCCAUCUACCCCGUGCCGCGCGACCUGCAGCUGCCCAUCACCGUCGUCCCGUCACCACCAUCCUACGACUUCGUCGACGGACACGUCACACCCACACCCGCCGACACCCCCUCCAAAAUCAACGACGACGACAGCGACGAAGCCGGCGGCCCGAUGCCGAAACUACCCAGGGUCGCCGAAGCCGUUUCCGCGCGCCUCACCGACAUCAACCGCUCCAUCUUCCUCUACGGCUGGGCCGAGGGCAUCACGACCCUCUCCUCGAACGGGACCGUGGCCAAGCAGAUCGAGACGCUGGUCGAGCAGCACCGCACGCGCGACGAUGAGGUGGGGCCUGACGUCUGGGUUUGUCCCGUCGCGAGGAGUUUGGUGGCGAAAAAGGGCCGGCGGCAGUGGUGA